AUGGGGCCGGGCGCGGCGGGGCGCGGCCUGCGGGCGGCCUUGGACGGCGCGGUGCGCGCGCGCUUCGCGCCGAGCCCCACAGGCUAUCUGCACCUGGGUGGCCUGCGGACUGCUUUAUACAACUACAUUUUUGCCAAAAAAUACCAAGGGAGCUUUAUCCUGAGAUUAGAGGACACAGACCAAAGCCGUUUGGUGCCAGGAUCAGCAGAAGACAUAGAAAAUAUGCUGGAGUGGGCAGGCAUCCCACCUGAUGAGAGCCCUCGUCGGGGUGGUCCUGCUGCCCCGUACCAGCAGUCGCAGCGACUUGACCUAUACAAGGAAGCUACAGAACUACUUCUCAAGAAGGGUUGUGCUUAUCGGUGCUUUUGCACCCCCCGGCGCUUGGAGCUGCUGAAGAAGGAAGCACUGCGGAGUCAGCAACCACCACGGUAUGACAAUCGGUGUCGUCACCUGAGCCCCAAGCAGGUGGCUGAGAAGCUAUCUCAAGGUACUGACCAUGUUGUGCGUUUUCGCCUGGAAGAACACUCCGAGCCAUUUUAUGACCUGAUCUAUGGCUGGAAUAAGCAUGAGGUGGCCAGUGUGGAAGGUGAUCCGGUGAUCCUGAAGAGUGAUGGAUUUCCCACCUAUCAUCUGGCGAAUGUGGUGGAUGACCAUGAGAUGGGGAUCAGUCAUGUGUUACGUGGAGCUGAAUGGCUGAUCUCCACCCCCAAGCACCUCCUUCUCUACAGGGCCUUCGGCUGGGACCCACCUCAUUUUGGUCACCUCCCUUUGCUUCUGAACAAAGAUGGCAGCAAGCUGUCCAAGAGGCAAGGGGACAUUUUUGUGGAGAAGUUUGCUCAGGAAGGCUAUUUACCAGAAGCCCUGCUGGACAUCAUAACAAGCUGUGGCGCUGGAUUUGCAGAGAAUCGGAUGGGGAGAACACUGAAGGAGCUAGUCGAGGAAUUUGACGUGAGCAGGACUGAAAGGCACUCCUCCCUGCUGGAGCUUGAAAAACUUGCUGAGUACAACAGGACCCACCUAUCCUGUAAGAUUGCGGAGGAGACGUCAAGGCAGAAGCUGGUGGCAGAGCUGCAGGCACUGGUGGACCAGGCCUAUGGGGAGCAGCUGGUGGACCGAGAGGUGCUUGGGAAGGAGCAUAUUGAACAAGUGCUCCUGCUAAGAAGAGGUCAUGUGAGCCGUCUGAAAGAGUUGGUGUCACCUAAAUAUGCUUACCUGUGGAUCCGCCCCUCAGUGCCUCAUGAGCAGCUGCAGGCAGUUUCAGACAAAGCAGAUGAGAUAGGACGGCUUGUCCUUGGGUUGCUGGAACAGCAGGUGGCUGGUUGGACGCCAGAACAGCUGAGCAAUGACCUGAGGCGGCUGCAGGAGCAGAUAAGAGGCACACAGUACAGCCAUGUGAUGAAGCUGCUCCGCCUCGCCCUCAGUGGCCGGCAGGAAGGCCCCAGCGUCGCCGAAAUGAUAAUCUCGCUUGGACCCAGGGAGGCCAGCACUCGGAUCCAGAGGGCGCUGUGCCGCUAGCCUGUUCCCUGGAGGAAAGAGAGGACGCAAGCUGCCCGCCCAUGGCUGUGGGAGGAGACAGAACUGGGCCAGAACUUUCCUGGGAGAUGGAACCUGAGCAGAGCUCGGGUAAAGCAGGACUUCCACACUGCCUGGAAACUCUGGGGCGGAACACGGCGCACGCCGUGCUUGCACACACACUUGGCUUUCGAAGGUAGUGCGAAGGUAGCUGGGCACUGACGGUGGCACAGGGGCUAUUCCCAAUUAAGAGUCCCUGCAAUGUGGCAUUGAUUAAAGAAGUGAAAUAUUG